AUGCGUCGCCUGGUGCCGUGUCGCGGUUGCGCGUCUUACGGGAAUCAUCCCACAUCUUUUGGACGUCGUCUGUUGCCCUCCUUGCCUACACAGUGCUUCGCUGUGGGUUCUUCUCCAGCACCCCCGCUGAGGGACCACCAGCGGACUGUAUCCUGUCUCUGCCGUUCGCCCACGGUAUGGUCAGACGAGGACUCAACAGGGCCUGGUUUCUCGGUCUCUCAGAUUGGCAAGAAGGUGAGGCUGCCGAUUCAGGCGUCACCUGUCUCCUCCGGCUUCCCCGUCCUCUCUCCCGUGGCCGCUAAUGGGGGGUCUCAAUCCCCUCGGGCUUCCAAACACUGCGUCGCGCGCGUCUCUUGGCGAUUUGUUUCCUCCUCUUCUCACCGGCGACACGGGCUGUCGGCAAGCGAAGCCGCGACCCCCGUGUCGUCGGGGUCACAAGCUGCUAAGCCUUCCCCUUCUUCGGAUCCUUUGUUUCCAUCCCUAUCUUCUCCGUCGUACGUCCCCUGUGCAUCCAGCUGGAUGCCCUCAUUCGCAGUUCGUCCACGUCCUGAGUUCUCUCCGCUUCCAGGAAUGAACUCGUCAGUGCUUCCUACCUCUCCUCUGCCUCCGCCUGUUUCCAGUUCCUCUCCGUCUCCAUUAUUCACCUCUUCGUCACCAUCGGCCGCGUAUUCCGGUCCUUCAUUCCCGUCAUCUCCUGCACAUGCAGUUCAUUCUUCCUCUUCCUCCGCCGCUUCUCCCCGGCCUCCGCCUUCUCAUCUCGUGGUGCCUGUUGCUUCCAUGUCCGCACAGCAUGCAUCUGGCCCUCCCCCGCCUCCGGUCUUUCCAUGUCCGCCGCCUGUCCCCCACUUUCCGCCCUCUGCGUCUCACGCUGCUUCUGUCGGCCCUGAGGCAGGACAGCACCCGCAGGCCACGACAGUUUCGAGAGGCACUCCCUCUCGUGCGAUCCUCUCUCCACCAGUGCAUACUACUCGUGUUGGCUCACCGUGGUCGCCCGCAGGUGGUAGCCGUCCUUCCUUGCGUCCUACGCCUCCUCCCCCCACUCACCCUGUGGCCCCUUCCCUCCCUUUCUACAGCUACAGGUACCAUCCUCCACCUGAGUAUGACGAGCCCACUUCUGAAGCGAGUACUUGCUUCCAUACGUCUUUGGAAAGCAACGGGUCACUCUAUCUUUCUGGUACAUCGUCAACGCAUCUACUCUCUGGGUCGUCGUCGCAGCACGCCGCUGAGGAGCUACACAUUCAGCGCAUUCACCGAGACGUGUCGGGCAGGUCUCUCUCUGCUCCGGUGCUAGUGGGUCACCUAUACUCGCUCGCUUCCUGUGCGGUCAAGUACACGUUGAUCGCGUCGCCUCCGGCCUCCUCGUCGUUCUUCAUUCCUUCGAACUCGCUGUUCGCCCGCCACGCCCCUCCGCCUUCAUCUGUGGCCGCCCACGAAGCUCCUUCCUCCCUUAUCUCGACCGCAGGGCUCGUUGCGGGAGCCCUGUGUGGUCGCAUUCCAGAGCUGGAAGUCACCGAUGUGCCGCCUUUGCUGGACGGCAUCUCUGUGCUUCUUCUCCUUCACCAACAACAGAUCCAGAAAGGGAGACGCAAGAAACUGGAGGCACUCGUGGCGGCAAGACCCGACACCGCAUCUCCAGACUUGCCAGGCGACAAACGAGCCGAGGGAGCCUUAGAACCCCCUGCAGGUGGAGUCUCGCGGGGAAUGGAGCGUGGCGGAACGACUGACGAAGCCCACGAUGCUGCUGCUGGUCUUCAGCUACGGUUAGUGGCAAAAGUGCUUCUGGACAGACUUGAAGAGCUGCUACAUCUUCUGAGAAUUGAUGAGGUGUCGCGAGCAGCUUGGCAAGCCGCAUGCGUUCUUCCCCCUUCCGUCGUCUCCCCGUUUUUCUUCUACGCAGUAGACCUUCGUAUGGGGGACGCAGUGUGUCUCCUUGCUUCAGAAGGCCUGAACAAUCCCGAGCUUUUUGACCAGCUCCUCCAUAUCCGGUCGGCGAAAUGGCAGGCCAGUGGCAGACUUCCCGGGAAUACAUCAGCUGGAACAGGGGGUGAAGACGAGCUUAGCGAAGCACAUGGACGACUUGCCUAUCUGGCUCGCGUUCUUCACCCUUUUGCUGCGAAACCGCUGAUCAGCAAAGUGUCGUUUCUUCGAAGCGCUCCGAUGCUGAAAGUGGUUACACAUCUUCUCGAGGACACGAACGAAACAGAUCCGGACACGCUUGUCCGACUGCUCCAUCUUUUUGGCAACUCUGUCCAGGCGCGACGGUUGACCAAGUUGAUCUUGUCACGAUUGAACGUCGAGGGAGAUGCCACUCUUCCAGACUCAGUCCUCGUCGAUGUCUCCAUCGCCGCUGGAGCAGGCGAACUGCCACACCAGCUGACGUCAGCAUGCGUGCGGAGACUUCUCGCCCGAGCUUCGCAGGGAAUGCAUACCCAUGCCCUCGCGGAAAGCGUGCUUGCCCUGGCAGGACACUUGACUCUCGAGCAGCUUUUUGAUCUGGCUGCCCCCCUUCAAGAGCGUGCCGAAUUUUUGAGCGCGCGGCAGCAAGCGGCGCUUCUCCUUCUUUACGCACAGGCGUGCGUCGCAGCAACAGAUCUUAUUCGAGUUCUUGAGACUCAUUUACUUGCAUCUAUGGACACCCUCCCCGUGGACCUCUUCGCCCGGACAGCCCUUGCCUUCUCCAUGAGCACAUCAGUCUCCCUCCUGACUGUGAACAAAAUCGCGCAGACUCUUCAGGGCCACGCUCUCGCCAAUACGAUAUCCCCAGAAAGGCUCGUCGAUGUGACGCUGGCUUUGGCAGUGGCUGGACUCCAAAACCUCCGCUGCUGGGAAGCUUUUGGAGUUGCAACCCGCAUUGCCGACUUUAGCUGGAAGUCGCUGCCGAUCCUUGCAUGGAUUUUUGCCAUGACGGACUAUCGAGAAAUAUCGGCGUGGCAGUCCAUCGCCCUUCUAAUUCCUCAAUUCGCGACGGAUUUGUCAAUGGUUCAGCGGAGCCAGCUGUACGAGGCGUUCACGGCUGCUCGUUUGAUUGGUUUCUUCAAUGUUCAAGAACAAGUUCCAGAGCUGACCUCUCGGCUGUCAAGCUGGCGGCGAUAUUGGAUUCGCUUACGCGGUCACUCGACGUCAGGCUCCAGAGGCGCAGGGCGAGUUCCCGCUAGCAAGGAGAGCGCCGACGGGGACGAAGACGAGAAGAAGCAAAACGAACCGCUAAUGAGUCCUGUGCCGUACGAUGCUAUUUUCUACGUUGCGAGAAUUCAGUGUUUUCAAGGCCGGGAAACAGAGCUCUAUACGAUUCCUUUUCUUGUACCCAAGUACAAUCUUAUUUUCGAGCCUCUUGAUGCAACGCCGAUACACCAGGGAACGGGUAUGAAAUUGGGCGAGGUGGCGCUGCGCCACCGAGUUUGGUCCGUAAUGGGGUUCAAUAUUUUGACGGUAAUGCACUCGGAAUUCCAUCAGUUCUUUGAGACCCCUUCCAAGCGUAAAGAUCGUCAAGGAGGGGAGGAAGACAAACCCGAUGAUGAAGGAGCGCAAAAGCCCUCCGAACUGCAGAUGGUUCUUGAAGACGGACGAAAGUUCAACGUAGGGGCCGCAGCGAAUUUCCUGACGUCGCGAAUCGAAAAUGUCGCUCGUCAGGCCUCAACUCUGGAUAGCUGGUUGAGUGUACUGAAAGGAGGCCCGCAGCCGCAGGCUCAAACAACUUUGCCUACUCCUGCCUGUAAUUUCUCCUCCACAUCGCUGUAAAAACGUCCUCUACAGAAUGCCAUGUUGCGAUGCUAUGGCAGUGACCACACCCAGAAAAGAACUGUAACACAUGAGUGAAAUGGUGAAUCAUGUUAUCUGUGCGUGUGCGUUUUGCAAUUGUG